GUCGCCCGGUUCUGCAGGACUCCGGAGCCGGCCGGGCGAGGAGCGCGGAGUCAUGGCCGAUGGGGGCGAAGGCGAGGACGAGAUCCAGUUCCUGCGAACUGAAGAUGAAGUGGUCCUGCAGUGCACUGCAACCAUCCACAAAGAGCAGCAGAAACUGUGUUUGGCAGCAGAAGGAUUCGGAAACAGACUUUGUUUCUUGGAGUCUACUUCCAAUUCCAAGAAUGUCCCCCCAGACCUGUCCAUCUGCACCUUUGUUCUGGAACAGUCCCUAUCAGUGCGGGCACUGCAGGAGAUGCUGGCCAACACGAUGGAGAAGUCUGAAGGGAAAUGCAUGAUGAAGACUGCUCAAGGCGGUGGCCAUAGGACACUUCUGUAUGGGCACGCCAUAUUGCUGCGCCACUCGUACAGUGGGAUGUAUUUGUGCUGCCUGUCUACUUCCCGGUCUUCAACUGACAAGCUGGCCUUCGAUGUUGGCCUGCAAGAGGAUACUACAGGUGAAGCUUGUUGGUGGACGAUACAUCCAGCCUCUAAGCAGAGGUCAGAAGGAGAAAAAGUACGGGUUGGAGAUGACCUCAUCUUGGUUAGUGUGUCCUCUGAGCGAUACUUGCACUUGUCCUAUGGCAAUGGCAGCCUGCACGUGGACGCGGCUUUCCAGCAGACACUCUGGAGUGUGGCUCCAAUCAGCUCAGGCAGCGAAGCAGCCCAAGGGUAUCUUAUUGGAGGUGAUGUGCUCCGGUUGCUGCAUGGACACAUGGAUGAGUGUCUCACUGUCCCUUCAGGAGAACAUGGUGAAGAGCAGCGGAGAACUGUUCAUUACGAAGGAGGUGCUGUAUCUGUCCAUGCACGCUCCCUUUGGAGACUGGAGACGCUCAGAGUUGCGUGGAGUGGAAGCCAUAUCCGAUGGGGCCAGCCAUUCCGACUACGGCAUGUCACGACAGGGAAAUAUUUAAGUCUCCUGGAAGACAAAAGCCUUCUACUCAUGGACAAAGAAAAAGCUGAUGUAAAAUCAACAGCAUUUGCCUUCCGGUCUUCCAAGGAAAAAUUGGAUGUGGGGAUGAGAAAAGAAGUUGAUGGCAUGGGAACUUCUGAAAUAAAAUACGGGGACUCUGUAUGCUACAUACAACAUGUGGAUACAGGCCUUUGGCUGACCUACCAGUCUGUGGAUGUAAAGUCCGUGCGAAUGGGAUCGAUACAGCGGAAGGCUAUUAUGCACCAUGAAGGCCACAUGGAUGAUGGCAUAAAUUUAUCCAGAUCUCAACAUGAAGAAUCCCGCACAGCAAGAGUCAUCCGGAGCACUGUAUUCCUCUUCAAUAGAUUUAUAAGGGGCCUGGAUGCUCUGAGCAAGAAGACGAAGGGGCCCACUGUUGACUUACCCAUAGAGUCGGUGAGCCUAAGUCUGCAGGACCUCAUUGGCUACUUUCACCCCCCUGAUGAGCACUUGGAACAUGAGGACAAGCAAAACAGACUGCGAGCCCUGAAGAACCGGCAGAAUCUCUUCCAGGAAGAGGGCAUGAUCAACCUAGUUCUGGAGUGCAUAGACCGGCUUCAUGUCUACAGCAGUGCAGCACACUUCGCUGAUGUUGCGGGAAGAGAAGCAGGGGAGUCUUGGAAAUCCAUUCUGAAUUCUCUUUAUGAGUUGCUGGCUGCUUUAAUUAGAGGAAACCGUAAAAACUGCGCUCAGUUUUCUGGCUCCCUCGACUGGUUGAUCAGCAGAUUGGAAAGACUGGAAGCUUCCUCUGGGAUUCUGGAAGUUCUACAUUGUGUGCUAGUAGAAAGUCCAGAGGCUCUGAAUAUUAUUAAAGAAGGGCAUAUCAAAUCCAUUAUCUCACUAUUAGAUAAGCACGGAAGAAACCACAAAGUUCUGGACGUCUUGUGCUCACUGUGUGUUUGCCAUGGUGUUGCUGUCCGCUCCAACCAGCAUCUCAUCUGUGACAAUCUCCUCCCAGGAAGAGAUCUUUUAUUGCAGACCCGACUUGUGAAUCAUGUCAGUAGCAUGAGACCCAAUAUUUUCCUGGGUGUCAGUGAAGGUUCUGCACAGUAUAAGAAAUGGUAUUACGAGCUCAUGGUGGACCACACGCAGCCCUUUGUCACAGCAGAAGCCACUCACCUGCGAGUUGGCUGGGCUUCCACUGAAGGGUACUCCCCCUACCCGGGUGGAGGUGAAGAGUGGGGCGGCAAUGGCGUUGGGGAUGACCUCUUCUCCUAUGGAUUCGAUGGCCUUCACCUCUGGUCAGGUUGCAUUGCUCGCACUGUCAGUUCUCCAAACCAGCACCUGUUAAGAACUGAUGACGUCAUCAGCUGCUGUUUAGACCUAAGUGCCCCAAGCAUCUCAUUCCGCAUUAAUGGUCAGCCUGUCCAAGGAAUGUUUGAGAAUUUCAACAUCGAUGGCCUCUUCUUUCCAGUUGUUAGUUUCUCUGCGGGAAUCAAGGUACGCUUUUUGCUUGGGGGUCGACAUGGAGAAUUCAAAUUUCUCCCUCCACCUGGGUACGCUCCUUGCUAUGAAGCUGUUUUGCCAAAAGAGAAGUUGAAAGUAGAACACAGUCGGGAAUACAAACAAGAACGGACAUACACACGAGACUUGCUGGGCCCCACCGUCUCCUUGACUCAGGCUGCCUUCACCCCCAUUCCUGUGGAUACCAGCCAGAUUGUGCUGCCUCCUCACCUAGAAAGAAUAAGAGAAAAACUGGCAGAGAAUAUCCAUGAACUCUGGGUUAUGAAUAAAAUUGAACUUGGCUGGCAGUAUGGUCCAGUUAGAGAUGACAACAAGAGACAACACCCGUGUCUGGUGGAAUUCUCCAAGUUGCCUGAACAGGAGCGCAACUACAAUUUACAGAUGUCACUUGAAACCCUGAAGACUUUGUUGGCAUUGGGUUGUCAUGUGGGCAUAUCAGAUGAACAUGCUGAAGAGAAGGUGAAAAAAAUGAAACUGCCCAAGAAUUACCAGCUGACAAGUGGCUAUAAGCCUGCCCCAAUGGAUCUGAGCUUUAUAAAACUCACCCCCUCUCAGGAAGCCAUGGUAGACAAAUUAGCCGAAAAUGCUCAUAAUGUGUGGGCCCGGGACAGAAUCCGACAGGGCUGGACUUACGGCAUACAGCAGGAUGUGAAGAAUAGAAGAAACCCUCGUCUUGUUCCCUACACCCUCCUGGAUGACAGAACCAAGAAGUCAAACAAGGAUAGCCUCCGUGAAGCAGUGCGCACUCUGCUGGGAUAUGGAUAUAACCUGGAAGCCCCAGAUCAAGACCACGCUGCCAGAGCUGAAGUGUGCAGUGGCACUGGGGAGAGGUUUCGCAUCUUCCGAGCUGAGAAGACGUAUGCGGUGAAGGCUGGCCGCUGGUACUUUGAGUUUGAGGCAGUCACUGCAGGAGACAUGCGGGUAGGCUGGAGUAGGCCCGGCUGCCAGCCGGAUCUGGAGCUGGGCUCAGAUGACCGUGCCUUUGCUUUCGAUGGCUUCAAGGCCCAGCGGUGGCACCAGGGCAAUGAACACUAUGGACGCUCUUGGCAGGCGGGUGAUGUCGUGGGCUGUAUGGUUGAUAUGAGCGAGCACACCAUGAUGUUCACCCUCAAUGGUGAAAUCCUCCUGGAUGACUCGGGCUCUGAACUAGCUUUCAAGGAUUUCGAUGUUGGUGACGGAUUCAUACCUGUAUGUAGCCUUGGAGUGGCACAAGUGGGCAGGAUGAAUUUUGGAAAGGAUGUCAGCACUUUGAAAUAUUUCACCAUCUGUGGCCUGCAAGAAGGCUAUGAGCCCUUUGCUGUCAAUACCAACAGGGACAUCACCAUGUGGUUGAGCAAGCGGCUUCCUCAAUUUCUCCAGGUCCCAUCAAACCAUGAACACAUUGAGGUGACCAGAAUAGAUGGCACCAUAGACAGUUCUCCAUGUCUGAAGGUCACUCAGAAGUCCUUUGGUUCUCAGAAUAGCAGCACUGAUAUCAUGUUUUACCGCCUGAGCAUGCCCAUUGAGUGUGCAGAGGUCUUCUCCAAGACCAUGGCAGGAGGGCUGUCAGGUGCUGGCCUCUUUGGGCCUAAGAAUGAUUUGGAGGACUAUGAUGUGGAUUCUGACUUUGAAGUUUUAAUGAAGACAGCUCAUGGCCAUUUGGUGCCUGACCGCAUUGACAAAGACAAAGAAACCCCAAAGCCAGAGUUCAAUAAUCACAAAGAUUAUGCUCAGGAAAAGCCCUCUCGUCUGAAACAGAGGUUUUUACUUAGGAGAACAAAGCCAGACUACAGCACAAGCCAUUCUGCAAGACUCACAGAGGAUGUCCUGGCAGAUGACCGUGAUGACUAUGACUACCUUAUGCAAACAUCCACGUACUAUUAUUCAGUGAGGAUCUUUCCUGGACAAGAGCCUGCUAAUGUCUGGGUGGGCUGGAUUACAUCGGAUUUCCAUCAGUAUGACACAGGCUUUGACUUGGACAGAGUCCGUACUGUGACUGUCACCCUAGGAGAUGAAAAAGGAAAAGUUCAUGAAAGCUUUGCCAUUGACUCGCUGUGUGGCUUUGGCAUUAAACGCAGCAACUGCUAUAUGGUGUGUGCGGGUGAGAGUAUGAGCCCUGGGCAAGGACGCAACAACAAUGGGCUAGAAAUUGGCUGUGUGGUGGAUGCUGCCAGCGGGCUGCUCACGUUCAUUGCCAAUGGCAAGGAACUGAGCACUUACUAUCAGGUGGAGCCAAGUACAAAAUUAUUUCCUGCAGUUUUUGCACAGGCUACAAGUCCCAAUGUUUUCCAAUUUGAGUUGGGAAGAAUAAAGAAUGUGAUGCCUCUCUCAGCAGGAUUGUUUAAAAGUGAGCACAAAAACCCUGUGCCACAGUGUCCUCCGCGUCUGCAUGUACAGUUCCUGUCACAUGUCCUGUGGAGUAGGAUGCCCAAUCAGUUCUUGAAGGUAGACGUGUCUCGGAUCAGUGAACGCCAAGGCUGGCUGGUGCAGUGCCUGGACCCUUUGCAGUUCAUGUCCCUUCACAUCCCCGAGGAGAACAGAUCUGUGGACAUUUUAGAGCUGACGGAGCAGGAGGAAUUAUUGAAGUUUCACUAUCACACCCUCCGGCUCUACUCCGCUGUCUGUGCCCUAGGGAACCACCGGGUGGCCCAUGCUUUGUGCAGCCAUGUAGAUGAACCUCAGCUUCUCUAUGCAAUUGAGAACAAGUACAUGCCAGGCUUGCUGCGUACUGGCUACUAUGACCUGCUGAUCGACAUUCACCUCAGCUCCUAUGCCACUGCCAGGCUCAUGAUGAACAAUGAGUUUAUUGUUCCUAUGACGGAGGAGACCAAAAGUAUCACCCUCUUUCCUGAUGAGAAAAAGAAGCAUGGCCUCCCUGGCAUUGGCCUCAGCACCUCUCUGCGGCCACGGAUGCAGUUCUCCUCCCCCAGUUUUGUAAGCAUCAGCAAUGAAUGCUACCAGUACAGCCCUGAGUUCCCACUGGACAUCCUCAAGGCCAAGACCAUCCAGAUGCUGACUGAAGCAGUGAAGGAGGGCAGUCUCCAUGCCCGAGACCCCGUGGGUGGGACCACUGAGUUCCUGUUUGUGCCCCUCAUUAAGCUCUUCUACACCCUGCUCAUCAUGGGCGUCUUUCACAAUGGGGACUUGAAGCACAUUUUACAGCUAAUUGAACCCAGUGUGUUUAAGGAAGCUGCCACUCCAGAGGAGGAGGGAGAUGAUCUGGAGAAGGAGCUCAGUGUGGGAGAGUCAAAGCUGGAAGCUGGUGAAGAAGAAGCCAAAGGGGGUAAAAGACCUAAGGAAGGCUUGCUCCAAAUGAAACUGCCUGAGCCAGUUAAAUUGCAGAUGUGCCUCUUGCUCCAAUACCUCUGUGACUGCCAAGUCCGUCACCGAAUAGAAGCCAUUGUAGCUUUCUCAGAUGACUUUGUAGCUAAGCUCCAAGACAAUCAGCGUUUCAGGUAUAAUGAAGUUAUGCAAGCCUUAAAUAUGUCUGCUGCACUCACCGCCAGGAAAACAAAGGAGUUCAGGUCACCACCACAGGAGCAGAUCAAUAUGCUUCUCAAUUUUAAGGAUGACAAAAAUGAAUGUCCAUGUCCUGAAGAAAUCCGUGACCAUCUCCUGGAUUUCCAUGAAGAUCUGAUGGCACAUUGUGGAAUUGAGCUGGAUGAAGAUGGAUCUCUAGAUGGGAGCAGUGAUUUGACAAUCAGAGGACGUCUGCUGUCCCUGGUAGAAAAGGUGACCUAUCUUAAGAAGAAGCAAGUAGAAAAACCAAUUUCAAGUACUGCCACGAAGCCCUCCACUUUGCAGCAGCUGAUUUCUGAGACCAUGGUUCGGUGGGCUCAAGAGUCUGUCAUAGAAGACCCAGAGCUGGUGAGGGCCAUGUUCGUGUUAUUGCAUCGGCAGUAUGAUGGUAUCGGGGGCCUGGUCAGGGCAUUGCCCAAGACCUAUACCAUCAAUGGCAUCUCUGUGGAGGACACCAUCAACCUGUUGGCAUCUCUCGGCCAGAUUCGUUCUCUGUUGAGUGUGAGGAUGGGCAAAGAAGAAGAGAAGCUCAUGAUCCGUGGAUUGGGAGACAUUAUGAAUAACAAAGUGUUUUACCAACAUCCUAAUCUCAUGAGGGCACUUGGAAUGCAUGAGACAGUGAUGGAAGUUAUGGUGAAUGUUCUUGGAGGUGGAGAGUCAAAGGAAAUCACCUUUCCCAAGAUGGUGGCCAACUGUUGCCGUUUUCUGUGUUACUUCUGUCGUAUAAGUAGGCAGAAUCAGAAAGCUAUGUUUGAUCAUCUCAGUUAUUUAUUGGAAAACAGCAGUGUUGGUCUUGCCUCACCAGCGAUGCGAGGUUCAACUCCACUAGAUGUGGCGGCAGCUUCAGUGAUGGAUAAUAAUGAACUUGCACUGGCUUUGCGUGAGCCAGAUCUGGAAAAGGUAGUUCGCUAUCUGGCUGGUUGUGGUCUUCAGAGUUGUCAAAUGCUGGUGUCUAAAGGCUACCCAGACAUUGGGUGGAAUCCUGUUGAAGGAGAACGAUACCUUGAUUUCCUCAGAUUUGCUGUCUUCUGUAAUGGGGAGAGUGUGGAAGAGAAUGCGAAUGUUGUGGUCAGGUUGCUUAUCCGAAGACCAGAGUGCUUUGGACCUUCCUUGAGAGGGGAAGGUGGCAAUGGACUUCUUGCAGCCAUGGAGGAAGCCAUAAAAAUAGCAGAGGACCCUUCUCGAGAUGGCCCCUCUCCAGCCAGUGGAUCCAGUAAAACCCUUGACACAGAAGAAGAAGAGGAUGACACCAUCCACAUGGGGAAUGCAAUCAUGACCUUUUACGCAGCUUUGAUCGACCUCCUUGGUCGCUGUGCUCCUGAGAUGCAUUUAAUUCAUGCUGGUAAGGGAGAAGCCAUCCGAAUCAGGUCUAUUUUGAGGUCCUUAAUUCCACUGGGAGAUUUAGUGGGCGUAAUCAGCAUUGCUUUUCAGAUGCCAACAAUAGCCAAAGAUGGGAAUGUGUUGGAACCUGACAUGUCUGCGGGGUUUUGCCCAGAUCACAAGGCAGCCAUGGUUUUGUUCCUUGACAGGGUCUAUGGGAUUGAGGUACAAGAAUUCCUCCUCCAUCUCCUUGAGGUUGGCUUUCUGCCAGAUCUCCGUGCUGCUGCUUCUCUAGACACGGUUGCACUGAGUGCUACAGAUAUGGCCUUGGCCCUCAAUCGAUACCUUUGUACAGCUGUCCUGCCCUUGUUAACAAGAUGUGCUCCCCUUUUUGCUGGCACAGAGCACCAUGCCUCUCUCAUCGACUCUCUGCUUCACACUGUAUAUAGACUUUCUAAGGGCUGCUCACUCACCAAAGCUCAGCGGGAUUCUAUAGAAGUGUGCCUACUUUCUAUUUGUGGCCAAUUGCGACCUUCUAUGAUGCAACACCUACUCAGAAGGCUAGUAUUUGAUGUCCCGUUAUUGAAUGAACAUGCAAAGAUGCCUCUUAAGCUACUCACAAACCACUAUGAGAGAUGCUGGAAAUACUACUGCCUGCCUGGAGGGUGGGGCAACUUCGGUGCUGCCUCAGAAGAAGAACUUCAUUUAUCAAGAAAGUUGUUCUGGGGCAUUUUUGAUGCCCUGUCUCAAAAGAAGUAUGAACAAGAACUUUUCAAACUGGCCCUGCCUUGCCUGAGUGCAGUUGCGGGAGCUUUACCCCCAGACUACAUGGAGUCAAAUUAUGUCAGUAUGAUGGAAAAACAGUCUUCCAUGGAUUCUGAAGGGAACUUUAACCCACAACCUGUUGAUACCUCAAAUAUUACAAUCCCUGAGAAGUUGGAAUACUUCAUUAACAAAUAUGCAGAACAUUCCCAUGAUAAAUGGUCAAUGGAUAAGUUGGCAAAUGGAUGGAUUUAUGGAGAAAUAUACUCAGACUCAUCUAAGAUUCAGCCUUUAAUGAAGCCAUAUAAACUCUUAUCUGAAAAGGAAAAAGAAAUUUAUCGUUGGCCAAUAAAAGAAUCUUUAAAAACAAUGCUGGCUUGGGGUUGGAGAAUUGAGAGGACCCGAGAAGGAGACAGUAUGGCUCUUUAUAACCGAACUCGUCGUAUAUCUCAGACAAGCCAAGUCUCUGUAGAUGCUGCACAUGGUUAUAGCCCACGAGCCAUUGAUAUGAGCAAUGUCACACUAUCCAGAGACCUCCAUGCUAUGGCAGAGAUGAUGGCUGAAAACUACCACAAUAUAUGGGCAAAGAAGAAGAAAAUGGAGCUGGAGUCCAAAGGAGGUGGAAAUCAUCCCCUGUUGGUGCCUUAUGACACUCUGACUGCCAAAGAGAAAGCCAAGGACAGAGAGAAAGCCCAAGAUAUCCUCAAGUUCUUACAGAUUAAUGGUUAUGCUGUAUCCAGAGGAUUCAAGGACCUGGAGCUGGACACACCUUCAAUUGAGAAACGAUUUGCUUACAGUUUCCUCCAGCAGCUGAUCCGCUAUGUGGAUGAAGCUCAUCAGUACAUUCUAGAGUUUGAUGGUGGCAGCAGAAGUAAAGGAGAACAUUUUCCUUAUGAGCAAGAAAUCAAGUUCUUUGCCAAAGUUGUCCUUCCUUUAAUUGAUCAGUAUUUCAAAAACCAUCGUUUAUACUUCUUAUCUGCAGCAAGCAGACCCCUCUGUUCUGGAGGACAUGCAUCAAGCAAGGAAAAGGAGAUGGUGACUAGCCUAUUCUGCAAACUUGGAGUUCUUGUCAGGCAUAGGAUUUCACUGUUUGGAAAUGAUGCAACAUCGAUUGUCAACUGUCUUCACAUUUUAGGCCAGACAUUAGAUGCAAGGACUGUGAUGAAGACCGGCCUGGACAGUGUUAAAAGUGCGCUCAGGGCAUUUCUGGACAAUGCAGCGGAGGAUCUGGAGAAGACAAAAGAAAACCUUAAGCAGGGCCAGUUCACACACACCCGAAACCAGCCCAAGGGGGUGACUCAGAUUAUCAACUAUACUACGGUGGCACUACUGCCCAUGCUAUCAUCCUUAUUUGAACAUAUUGGGCAGCAUCAGUUUGGAGAAGAUCUGAUAUUGGAAGAUGUACAGGUGUCUUGUUACAGAAUUCUGACAAGCUUAUAUGCUUUGGGAACCAGCAAGAGCAUUUAUGUGGAAAGGCAACGCUCUGCAUUAGGAGAGUGUCUGGCUGCCUUUGCUGGUGCCUUUCCUGUGGCUUUCUUGGAAACCCAUCUGGACAAGCAUAAUAUCUACUCUAUCUACAAUACUAAGUCUGCAAGAGAGAGAGCAGCUCUCAAUUUGCCAGUCAAUGUGGAGGAUGUAUGCCCAAAUAUACCAUCCCUGGAGAAGCUAAUGGAUGAGAUUGUGGAGCUGGCUGAGUCUGGCAUCCGCUACACUCAGAUGCCACAUGUGAUGGAGGUCGUGCUGCCCAUGCUAUGCAGCUACAUGUCACGGUGGUGGGAGCAUGGGCCCGAGAACCACCCUGAGAGGGCAGAAAUGUGCUGCACAGCCCUCAACUCAGAGCAUAUGAACACACUGCUGGGCAAUAUCCUCAAGAUCAUCUACAACAACUUGGGCAUUGAUGAAGGAGCCUGGAUGAAGCGCUUGGCUGUGUUUUCCCAGCCAAUCAUCAAUAAAGUGAAAUCUCAGCUCUUGAAAACUCAUUUCUUGCCAUUAAUGGAGAAGCUGAAGAAAAAGGUAGCCAUGGUGGUGUCUGAGGAAGACCACUUGAAAGCUGAGGCUAGAGGGGACAUGUCUGAAGCUGAGCUGCUCAUUCUAGAUGAGUUUACCACAUUGGCCAGGGAUCUAUAUGCCUUCUACCCCCUCCUGAUUCGAUUUGUGGACUAUAACAGGGCAAAGUGGCUAAAGGAACCCAAUCCAGAAGCAGAGGAGCUAUUCCGCAUGGUAGCUGAAGUCUUCAUCUAUUGGUCCAAAUCCCAUAAUUUCAAAAGAGAGGAACAGAACUUUGUUGUACAGAAUGAAAUCAACAAUAUGUCCUUCCUUAUAACUGACACCAAGUCAAAGAUGUCCAAGGCAGCUGUUUCUGACCAGGAAAGGAAGAAAAUGAAGCGCAAAGGAGACCGAUAUUCUAUGCAGACAUCCCUGAUUGUGGCAGCUCUGAAGAGGUUACUGCCAGUUGGGUUAAACAUCUGUGCUCCUGGGGAUCAAGAGCUCAUUGCUCUGGCAAAAAAUCGAUUUAGCCUUAAAGACACUGAGGAUGAAGUACGAGACAUAAUUCGCAGUAAUAUCCACUUGCAAGGCAAGUUGGAAGAUCCUGCAAUUAGGUGGCAAAUGGCUCUCUACAAAGACUUGCCAAACAGAACUGAAGAUACCUCAGACCCAGAAAAGACAGUGGAACGUGUGUUGGAUAUAGCAAAUGUGCUUUUUCAUCUGGAACAGGUGGAACAUCCUCAAAGAUCUAAAAAGGCUGUUUGGCAUAAAUUACUAUCUAAGCAGAGGAAAAGAGCUGUUGUAGCCUGCUUCCGAAUGGCUCCUUUGUACAAUCUGCCAAGGCAUCGGGCUGUCAAUCUCUUUCUUCAGGGAUAUGAAAAGUCUUGGAUUGAAACAGAAGAGCAUUACUUUGAAGACAAACUGAUUGAAGAUUUAGCAAAACCAGGAGCUGAACCUCCAGAAGAAGAUGAAGCCACUAAGAGAGUCGAUCCUCUCCAUCAGCUCAUCCUUCUGUUCAGCCGCACAGCUUUAACAGAGAAAUGCAAACUGGAGGAAGAUUAUUUAUAUAUGGCUUAUGCAGAUAUUAUGGCAAAGAGUUGUCAUGAUGAGGAAGAUGAUGAUGGUGAAGAAGAAGUGAAGAGCUUUGAAGUCACAGGAUCCCAACGCAGCAAGGAGAAAGAAAUGGAAAAACAAAAGCUUCUGUACCAGCAAGCCAGACUGCAUGACCGUGGAGCUGCAGAGAUGGUCCUCCAGACAAUCAGUGCCAGCAAAGGUGAAACAGGACCUAUGGUGGCUGCUACUCUGAAACUAGGAAUUGCUAUUUUAAAUGGGGGGAACUCUACAGUACAGCAGAAGAUGCUUGACUACCUGAGGGAGAAGAAGGACGUGGGAUUCUUCCAGAGUCUGGCAGGCCUGAUGCAGUCCUGCAGUGUCCUUGAUCUGAAUGCAUUUGAGCGACAAAACAAAGCUGAAGGACUUGGAAUGGUGACUGAGGAAGGAUCAGCCUCUCACUUUGAAAGUCACAGACUGCGGACUGGAGAGAAAGUCCUGCAGGAUGAUGAAUUCACGUGUGAUCUCUUCCGGUUCCUGCAGCUGCUUUGUGAGGGACACAGCUCAGAUUUUCAAAAUUACCUGAGAACUCAGACUGGCAACAAUACAACUGUGAACAUCAUCAUCUCCACCGUGGACUACCUCCUUAGAGUUCAGGAAUCAAUUAGUGAUUUCUAUUGGUAUUAUUCUGGGAAAGAUGUCAUUGAUGAACAAGGACAACGCAACUUCUCCAAAGCUAUCCAAGUAGCCAAACAAGUCUUUAACACCCUUACAGAGUAUAUUCAGGGCCCCUGCACUGGGAAUCAGCAAAGCUUGGCACACAGCAGGCUGUGGGAUGCAGUCGUGGGUUUCCUCCAUGUGUUUGCCCACAUGCAAAUGAAGCUCUCUCAGGAUUCCAGUCAAAUUGAGCUAUUAAAGGAACUGAUGGAUCUUCAAAAGGAUAUGGUAGUCAUGCUGUUGUCCAUGCUGGAAGGUAAUGUUGUGAAUGGGACCAUUGGCAAACAGAUGGUCGAUAUGCUUGUAGAAUCCUCCAACAAUGUGGAGAUGAUUCUUAAAUUUUUUGAUAUGUUCUUAAAGCUAAAGGACUUGACAUCCUCUGACACAUUUAAAGAGUAUGACCCUGAUGGCAAAGGAGUAAUUUCCAAGAGGGACUUCCACAAAGCAAUGGAGAGUCACAAGCAUUACACCCAGUCAGAAACUGAAUUCCUCCUAUCCUGUGCUGAGACAGAUGAAAAUGAAACCCUGGAUUAUGAAGAGUUUGUCAAAAGGUUCCAUGAGCCAGCAAAGGACAUUGGCUUCAAUGUUGCUGUCUUGCUGACCAACCUGUCGGAGCACAUGCCCAAUGACACGCGGCUGCAGACCUUCUUAGAGUUAGCAGAGAGUGUGCUCAACUACUUUCAGCCUUUCCUAGGCCGCAUAGAGAUCAUGGGCAGUGCCAAGCGCAUUGAGAGGGUAUAUUUUGAAAUCAGUGAGUCCAGCAGAACACAGUGGGAGAAGCCACAGGUGAAGGAGUCCAAAAGGCAGUUCAUAUUCGAUGUGGUCAAUGAGGGAGGAGAGAAGGAGAAGAUGGAGCUCUUUGUGAACUUCUGUGAAGACACCAUAUUUGAGAUGCAGCUGGCUGCUCAGAUCUCAGAGUCUGAUCUGAAUGAGAGAUCAGCCAAUAAAGAAGAGAAUGAGAAGGAGGGACUGGAAGAGCAGGGGCCUCGGAUGGGCUUCUUCUCCCUCCUAACUGUGCAGUCAGCUCUGUUUGCACUCAGGUACAAUGUUCUGACCCUCGUGCGGAUGCUCAGCCUGAAGAGCCUGAAGAAGCAGAUGAAGAGAGUGAAGAAGAUGACCAUGAAGGACAUGGUCACGGCCUUCUUCUUGUCCUACUGGAGUGUGUUCAUGACUCUCUUGCACUUUGUGGCCAGUGUUUGCAGAGGUUUCUUCCGCAUUGUCUGCAACCUGUUGCUGGGGGGCAGCCUGGUGGAAGGUGCUAAAAAGAUCAAAGUGGCAGAACUUCUAGCCAACAUGCCAGAUCCCACUCAGGAUGAGGUACGAGGAGAUGGUGAGGAGGGAGAGAGGAAAUCCUUAGAGACCACCCUACCCACUGAAGAUCUGGCGGACUUGAAGGAAUUGACAGAAGAAAGUGACCUACUUUCAGACAUAUUUGGCUUGGAUCUGAAGAGGGAAGGAGGGCAAUACAGACUCAUUCCUCAUAAUCCAAAUGCUGGUCUCAGUGACCUCAUGACCAACCCUGUCCCCAUCCCUGAGGUGCAAGAAAAGCUUCAGGAACAAAAGGUGAAAGAAGAAGAAAAGGAAGAAAAAGAAGAAACCAAAUCUGAGCCUGAAAAAGCUGAGGGGGAAGAUGGAGAGAAAGAGGAAAAGGCCAAAGAAGACAAGAGCAAGCAGAAGUUGAGGCAGCUCCACACACAUCGAUAUGGAGAGCCAGAAGUACCUGAGUCUGCGUUCUGGAAGAAGAUCAUAGCUUAUCAACAGAAGCUCCUAAACUAUUUUGCUCGCAACUUUUACAACAUGAGAAUGUUGGCCUUAUUUGUUGCAUUUGCAAUCAAUUUCAUCUUGCUCUUUUAUAAGGUCUCCACUUCUUCUGUGGUUGAAGGGAAGGAACUGCCCCCUCGAAGCUCCAGUGAAAAUGUCCAAGUGACCACCAGCCUGGACAGCAACUCACAGAGAAUCAUUGCAGUUCAUUAUGUACUAGAGGAGAGCAGUGGUUACAUGGAGCCCACCCUGCGCAUCUUAGCCAUUCUCCACACGGUCAUUUCUUUCUUCUGCAUCAUUGGAUACUACUGCUUGAAAGUCCCACUGGUUAUUUUUAAGCGAGAAAAGGAAGUAGCACGGAAAUUGGAAUUUGAUGGACUUUAUAUUACAGAGCAGCCAUCAGAAGAUGAUAUUAAAGGGCAGUGGGACAGACUUGUGAUCAACACACAGUCAUUUCCCAACAACUACUGGGAUAAAUUUGUUAAAAGAAAGGUAAUGGAUAAAUAUGGAGAGUUUUAUGGCCGAGAUAGAAUCAGUGAGCUACUAGGCAUGGACAAGGCAGCACUGGACUUCAGUGAUGCGAGGGAAAAGAAGAAGCCCAAGAAGGACAGCUCCUUGUCUGCUGUACUGAACUCUAUUGAUGUGAAGUAUCAGAUGUGGAAACUGGGAGUCGUUUUCACUGACAAUUCCUUCCUCUACCUAGCUUGGUAUAUGACCAUGUCUGUACUUGGACACUAUAACAACUUUUUCUUUGCUGCUCACCUCCUUGACAUUGCGAUGGGAUUCAAGACAUUGAGAACCAUCUUGUCCUCAGUAACUCACAAUGGCAAACAGCUUGUGUUAACUGUUGGCUUAUUAGCUGUUGUCGUGUACCUAUAUACAGUUGUGGCAUUUAAUUUCUUCCGAAAAUUCUACAAUAAAAGUGAAGAUGGUGACACACCAGACAUGAAGUGUGAUGAUAUGCUAACAUGCUACAUGUUCCACAUGUACGUGGGUGUACGUGCUGGCGGGGGCAUAGGCGAUGAGAUAGAGGACCCAGCGGGAGAUGAGUAUGAGAUCUAUCGGAUAAUCUUUGACAUUACCUUCUUCUUCUUUGUGAUUGUCAUCCUACUGGCCAUCAUACAAGGUUUAAUCAUUGAUGCAUUUGGAGAACUUAGAGACCAACAGGAGCAAGUCAAGGAAGACAUGGAGACCAAGUGCUUUAUCUGUGGAAUAGGCAAUGAUUACUUUGACACGGUGCCACAUGGCUUUGAAACCCACACAUUACAGGAGCACAACCUGGCCAACUACCUGUUUUUUCUGAUGUAUCUCAUAAACAAAGAUGAAACAGAGCACACGGGACAGGAAUCUUAUGUCUGGAAGAUGUAUCAAGAGAGGUGCUGGGAAUUUUUUCCAGCAGGGGAUUGUUUCCGGAAACAGUAUGAAGACCAAUUAAAUUAAAAUCAUAACCUGACCAUCUCUAAAAACCAAAACCAAGAAGUCCCCUUCUCUCUCUGACCUCUCCAUCCUUCCUCUUAAUUUCUCAGCUCUCUUGGAAACACCUUGCUGAUUUUGUGAGUUGCCAGCAUUCUGUGCCAUCUGAGAGCAUCGAAGCUCCGUCUCUGAGGACUGACUGUUUUCCCCCACCUCAUGUAUUUUCUUUGAGAAACAAAAAAAGACCUAAGAACAAUCCAAGUCCACAAACAGACAAAACAAGAACUCUGGGAAGAAAACCAUUGUGGACACUCUACCAUACCACACAUGGACAGUUUUCUCUGAGGAUCAUCAUGCUUCCCUUGAGCUGCCAGCCCUUCACAGCCACAAGUGGCAGCCACAAUCACCCAACCUCUCUUGAUUUUGCCAUCCAGAAGGAAGUGUGUGAGAGUCACAGAGCACUGUAGCACUUACAUGUUGCCGUGGACACCAGUUGCAAAGGGAAAUAGUGCCUUACUAUAUGUGGGUUGAGCUAUGCAGAGGAUAAUGUGCAUGAAAAACAUCUUUAUUUUCUUUAUAUCAACCUUUUGUUUUUCUUAGCUAGAUUGGUUUUCUGAGUUGGGUUUAAUUUUCUUUGUUUUUUUCUUUGGUGGGGGAGGGUAAGAAAAGCUGUUGCACUUUUACAAGAAGGCGAGUGGUGUGUCUCAGGACAGAAGGAGGCUCUUCUCAUUCAGCUGCUUCACAUAUAACCCCCCCCCCCCCUGCUCCUGCUCUUAAUUUGAAACACUCUGAUUCAACAUUGCAACUUUAUGAAAUCUUUGUAUGAAAACAAAAUGACUGCAAAAAAUAUUCUUUCAAAAGAAAUAAUUCAUUGCAUGUUUAUUAUGCAAGUUUAAAUGAACAAGAAAACUUUCAGAAGCAAGUUGAUCAAUAUGAGAGACCUUCCAUGAUAGUUCUAUUCAUAGUAAUAAAGUGCUGUGGGCUUACUUGUUUAUCUGGAGCCAGUGUCAUCUACCAACAAUACGAUUCAUUAAGAAUGUGACAGUAGUCUUGGGUUUUCCUCUUUCUUUCACCAGUGAUCAGCCAUUGGUUUCAGGACUCCUUGUCAGGCCAUUUUUUUGAUAUCAAAGCUGAAGCAAUAUCCAUUCAGGGAUUUCACCAGUUGCAUCACAAAACAUGGAUGAUAAUAGAUAUCACUCCAUUUUUCCAUUUUGAGUCCUUUUAAAUGUAAUGCUAAUCUUUACAAUUAAAGAGACAGGUUCAGAAUGGAAGCAAGGUCAUUUUGCAGCCAUUGGAGCUCUUUUAUUACAAGUCUGCUUGUUAAUUUUAGAAUUGUAAAACAGCUCUGAUUAAACUAUUUAACUAAC